CUGCGGAUUAUAGGAUGUCGCAAUUGACAGCGGCAGACGGGGCCAAGUGUCCGCUCCGAUGCAAAAGCUAAUGCAUACCUUUUCAGCUUCUCAGCUUCCUGGAUCCCUGGAUCUCAUCGAGGGAGUGGGCUUCGCAUCCAUCCCAGUGUGGAGCUUUUAACCGGGACUAUUGGGCCAGUACUCCGUUCUACUGCCUCUGAAUAGAGCUGAUCGCCGUCACGGUUCACGAACAUGAGGAAAUUUGUCUGCUGCUCAGGUUCCCGCUUUGUCUCUACAUGGCCCAGAGGCUGCUGCCCUUGCAUACAGAUGAACAAGUCUACGACCGCAUUGGCCCGCGUCUCUCACUGUGAGUUCGCUUCUCUGGUCCUGUCAUGACUUCCGGAUCAUAUCCGCCGAGUCUUGAUCUUCCUACUUCAACUCUUCGUGGACCACGGACCACUGAGUCCAGACGUUCCUUUCUCGAAUUGAAGCCCAGUGAUUCGCUCUUGCCCGGCUGGCGUGCAGUGCCCUCUGGUUUGGCCCGACCCUGACGACCUCCGAACUUCUGUUCAAUCCUUUAAACCCUCGACGACGGGCAUCUGUACUUGUUAUCAUUCUGUUUGGUCAAUAUUGGUUGGAUAUCGAAUUGGGGGCCAGAAGGGGAAUCUGGCAGACCUGAUCAGGUAGGCAACACAACUCUUGGUGGAUAUGUUGUGUCCAAGUUCUCGCUCAGUCCAUUGGGUCUUGACGCAGUACACUGACUUGGGCCAAAAGCACUUGCAACGGACAUCUAAAUAAGCGUCGGAGGUACAUUCGGUACAUGGUCGAGGCAGAGUCUCUCUGAAUUCGACACGGUGUCUGAGCACGGACAUUCUGAAGGGAAAAGCCGCAUUGCAGUCAGUGGACCAUUGUUCCGUCGACGCAGAUCUGGGGAAGGCGAAAGGGAAACGGGCGGUCUAUGCGAUCUUCGAACGAGCUCCGUGGGAAACGAACCUGAUGCAGCAUUCACGCCCACCUCAGUUCCCUCUCUGUCCGUCCUUCAAGAAACACCGAUCCAGCCUCGACAACUCGAGAUUCACCAUAGACCACCUCACUCUGCCGAAGCCAGUCGCCGCGCCCGUUUGGGCAUCUCUCCCCACCCCUCCCAUGUCCGGUUCUCCUCCACCGGAACCCUCUGCUGAACCUGCCCAGAUUGCCGGUCGAAGAAGAAAGCGAUCUCGAUCUUAUACCCCUCCAACAACCGCAAUCACGACGGCGGCAGUUGUUGCCUCGCCUGUUGCGCCUUUAGACGCCACGGUUCCUCGGCCAAGUGCGAUAUCAAGAGGUGGGGAGACCAUUGCCGAACUUGCUGUCCAGCCGGGACCGUAUGCGCUGAACUAUCCGCUCCCUCCAGCGUCGUAUCAGUCUGCGUCGAGCUUACCCUCAACGUCCAUCAGCGGCCCAUCGCCUCGUUUGGCACUGAGCCCUGUUUCCCCCCGCGCUACGCGAAAACCAAAGGCGCACGUCGCAUCGGCUUGCGUGAAUUGCAAGAAGAAGCAUCUGAGAUGUGACAGCAGUCGCCCAUGUCGGAGAUGUGUACAGAGCGGCAAAGAGGACUCGUGCAUAGAUGUCGAGCACAAGAAGAGGGGACGUCCCCCACUGAAACCAGAGGAUGCUUCUGCAAGACGACCCUUUGAAGCAGCAUUGACUCCCUUGACCGGCCGCUUGGGAGAACCGUCGAGGAGAUUCGGCGAUCCGCCAAUAUAUCCCCCAACAGUAGGAUACCCACCGCUCAGGCCAUAUGCUGCGACUACUCCUCGAGUGGGACAACCAAGAUCGUCAGUCUUCGCUUUACACGCUGCGCCAUCGAUCUCGCCGAGCCUAGCAAUGGCUGAAGGGACAUUUGUACCUCCAUCCUCUCGUCAAUACCAUGGCGGGAUUGCUCCCAUGCCGGGGCAAACAUCCGCGUCCUACAGCCCUCCUCAACCAGAAUCCACCUUCCGAUCGAUGAGCUACAGCGGUGGUUACAACUACCCGUCCCUUCAGGGGCAGGUGGGACCUCCUAGUUACUACAACCCCAACCCUAUCUUUCCUCGCCCUCCGUCAUCCUUGUCCUCUGAACAGCUGCCGCCAAUGAGCACAUCAUCUAGCCUUCAGUUACCGCCAAUCCUGCCAGCGCCUCCGGCCCCGAUCGACCCGGCGAUUGUGCAGCAGCUUCCCCAACAAACUCUGCCGUCUCCCCGAGGGCAGCAGGGAGGCAGAAACGAAGGGACACAAGAACCAGAUCCGAAAAGACCGAAGAUGGAUAUCCAGGGAAUCCUCGGUCCCCGAAACGAAUAAGCUGGACGUCUGCCUAUGGGGACGCUGGGGGCCAUGCCAGGAAGGACCACGAUUUCAGUCGCACAUAUUCUACGAAUUAUUUUCCUUUGUUAAAUGAAGCAACGAGCGCCUGGGGGGGAUCUGGAGCAUAACCUUCUGGUUCUCACAGUUCUAAAUUCUGUACAAUUAUCUUCUUAAUCAGGCACAACGCGGUCUGUGCGGGACACGGAACAGAUUGUACCUUUCUAACGGAUGCAAGAGCAUGAGAAACGGCAGAAGAAAUCUACGUACCUUUUCGAAAUGAGGGACAAAUUACACGGACACGAAGACAAAGUUCGGGCUAGUGAUUGGAAGUGCGCAGAUCAAUUUCGACUCACGCGCAACGAAUCUCAUACCAAGGCCUUUCGAUAGCCAGUCUAUACACGUGGUCAACAGCACAGCAUAGAAUUUACAUGAAGUCGGUGGACAUUGUGGCCAUUCAGCUGCGUAUGCCAUGAAGCCCGGUCGCUGGGCCUCAUGACCAUACCAUUUCUUUGAUGCAACGAGCAAAAUCGUGACUUUUUCCUUUGUGGCAGGGUCGUCAUCUGGGUCGAUUGACGAAUACAUUAUGGUGACGAGGACAGCGAUCUUGGGGCAAUUUGGCAACUCUGAAAUACGGAGGACGGAGCAUGGACAGAGUCGCUGUUAAAAACGAUAUGCGUUUAUGCAUUGGAUAAUCAUUGUGACGGCCUCUCUCCUAGUUGGAUAAUGGUUGGAAACGACUUUGUGUCGGGGGAAACGACUCUCGAAGCAGGCAGGCAGACCCUCUGUCUGGUACGACAUAUUUAUGGAGGGCCGGGAAAGGACAAGCAAAAAUUCGAGAGGAUCUACUACUACUAUAUUUCAUUAUGGAGGCACGGUGGAGGCGGUUUUCCUGUAGAAACAACGAAUCACGACCACGGCCCCUGGUUGGGCCUGGUUUUCUCUACCCAUUUCUCAAUCCUAGCGAUGCUGGUGCGGUUUCGUUGGAUUGGGUCCGAAGUGCCUAUACCUCAUGGACCAGUAUGUGAGACAGUAGGGGGGAUAUUGGCGGAGUUUCACUUGUCUUGCUCGGAACUGCAUGUCCUCAUACUAAAGCGGGAGGGAGAGAGCGAGGGAGGGAAGGGAUUCCUCGACACCAAGUUGUGCC